UUCUUUGUAAAUUCGAAAAAAAUAGAAAAAAAAUUAGAAAAAUACUCUAGGUUUAACUAAUAAGCUCCAAAGGUUAGUAAGAGAAAGGGUGAUCGAGUCGGCGGCAAGCAAAAGAUGAGUAGUCGGCGAGGGCCACCGAAGCACCAAAACAGCUACGCCUGGAAACCAAACGCCGGUGUUAAAAUCAACGAGAAGGAAGUUGGAGGGAAGCUAAGGCCUUACUCUGAAAUAACUGGAGUUUGCCCUCGAUGCAAAGAACAAAUCGAUUGGAAACGUCGUUACGGCAAAUAUAAACCCCUAACGGAGCCUGCAAAAUGUCAGCUUUGCUCCAAACGUAAUGUGCGUCAAGCCUAUCAUAAUCUUUGUUCUGGAUGUGCUAAGGAGCAAAAAGUAUGUGCAAAGUGUCGAUGUCGCGUUAAUCAAAUAGUUGGGAGGGAUUCUGCGGAGGUUGAAGAAGAGCAAAAGAUGCUUGAGGAGGCUAUUAAAAAUGCUCGAGAGAGGGAUAGAAGAACAUUAUUACGUGCUAUGGAUAAAAAUAGUUCUAAAAGUUCAUCAAAAACCACAACCAACAAAGAAAAUGGUAGAGUGGGUGAAAUAUUUCCUUCUACAUCUCUUGAGCAGUAUGCCAAACUAGGUAGAAAAGAUGAUGGAAAUCAUGGUGAUCCAUUUGACUCUGGGAAUGAUGACAUUAAUGACGACAGUGAUGAUGAAAAUGAUGGUCAAGAAGAUGAAAAUGAAGAUAGAGAGGAUGAUGAAGAUGACAAAGAACCAAGUGCAUAACUGCGAAGACUGAAUAACUUAUGCAGGAUAAGGAAUCUGGGCAUACCCCAGAAUCUUUAACAGUUUUCGUCGACCUCUGCUCUAAACUGUUUUCCAGUUAUAGUUUUGCGAUGGUCGUAUCUUUUAGCCCUUCUUUUUGGUCGUAAGUUUUGAUGGAAACACAUACCCUUACCCUACAGCUUGUGGUAAAGAUGUUCUGUUGGCUUAACAAGUUCUUACAAUUUUGUCUUAAGGUUUGUAAACCUCGUAGAAUAUAAUUCAUUAUGAUGAUAUUACCCGUUAAAACUUCUUAGCUGAAGAUGAUGCUUUUGUAAUUCUUGUGGCAUGGAUCUACUUCAGCCCAUUAUCUUUUA